AUGGCCAGAUGCUCACGUGAGGGAACCCGGCGGGUAGCAUCUACCCCCACAGAAGUCCGGGGGCGGGGUGCACAGGCAAGAAGCGGGGAUAGGAGAUGGCACAAGAUGAAAGCACCAGGAGCCUCUCCCACACCAGAGGCUCACGGUGGCGGGGAAAGGGUCACAGGAACAGAUCAUGUGGUGGGACUCGUCCUUGUCACUGUCACCUACUACACCAUCUGGGUGGCUCUCCUGCCAUUCAUUGAGAGCCAGCAUGUCAUCCACAAGUAUUUCCUACUCCGAGCCUAUGCUGUUGCCAUCCCACUGGCUGCAGGCCUCCUACUGCUCCUGUUUGUGGGAGUGUCCAUCACCUAUGUGAUGCUGAAGAACCAGAAUGUGUCCAAGAAAGCUCAGUGA